AUGACGUCGAGAGUGGCACUUCGGCACGCCCUCAAACGGCUCCUAUGUGUGUCCUCGAUCUUACUGCAAGGGCUCGCUACCGGGCGACUACACUCUCCAAACGUAUCCGUGAACUUCGACGUUGAAAAUGAGCAUUACCGAGAGCUUCCUCUGGCUGUGCUACGGGUGACCCCUGCCAACGGGGGCGGAGCCCCUCCUGUGUCGGAUCUGGCUGUUUUCGCCGAAGAUCCAAACUGGGCGUGCAAGGUUGAAAGGUUCAUGGUCCAGGCGGGGGCGGACCGCCAUGGCGUUGAGAAUGCUUUGGACCAAGUGCGCCAUGUGUCGUGGGAAUCUGGCCGGACGCUACUAGGGAAGUAUUUGGUGCUGCUCGCUUUUGCAGAGGAUGCACUCGACGUUGGAAAUGAGGGAGCUCAUCCAAGCAGAUUAACGAGGGCGGUGCUUGCAGCGUCGACGCAUACUGCUGAGGCUCAUUUUCUUCUCGUGGCAGACGGAUUCGAACUCGACGCCAUGACAAGAGAGGCCACGAUCUUGCGACAAGGCAAAGGCGGGGAUGGAUUCCGUCAGCUGGAAUAUUCUAGGGAUCCACCGGCACCAGAUGAGGUCGUCAUCGACAAGCGGAAUCAGAUCUCCCCAGAGGCACUGGAGGCCUUGGUUCAAGCUGACAGUGAUUUGUUUUUCUUGCCUCUGCUGCUUGAGGCCCCUUCCCCAGAGCACGAUGAUGCUGAUUCCGUGCGGCGGUGCAUGAUAUUCCACUCGGAGUGGAUGGAGAGAACCCCAGACAAGGUCCUAGAGGAUAAUGUACUCGACAGGCGAAAGAGGUUUCCCGUGGCGGUGGUGGUCGUGAUACACGAUGAAAACUCCCUAGUGCGUGCAGCCCUGGACGAGGUUGCCAUUGUGGUGGAACACAUCCUCAUCUUGGUUAGCUUGCAAUCUUGGCACGGGGCCGGCAAGGAUACAUCCCCGACACUGGAACUCCUGAAUGAUAUGUUGGAGGACGCUGAUUCUCCUUCUUUCGGCAAGCUCCAGGUGGAGGUUGGUUCCUGGGCUACCGAGCGCGAACAAAGGCAGCACGGGGAUUCCCUCAUCAAAAAAGACCCCAGAGAUUUCUUCCGGGUGGUUGUGAUGAACGGGGACGAGUUCUGGCACCCUGUGGAACUUGCAAAGGCGCUAGUGUUGGCCGCGAAACAUCCGGAAGCAAGGUGUUCGGUAGCAGAAGUUGACAUCUACUGGGCCAGUGUAAGGUCGCUCGUGGUUCCGGCGAACAUGCACAUGGUGUGGCUCAAAGACCCGCAUCGUUGUGAAUGGUCAAUGAUCGAAGGACAUCGUCUGGCUCAAGUACAGAUGAACAAACGUUUCGUCGACGCCGUUGCGAAUGGAGACUCUGAAGCGGCAAGGUACUUGAGCACGUACUACACGGUCAUCGAAGUGCCCAAGCUCGCGAGUGAUGGCUAUGAAAACGCCCCGACCCUGGUGGGUAUGGCGGACGUGUUCGUGAACAACUUGGGCUACGUCUGGAAUGAGAAGGACUACAUCGUCCCGAAAUCCUGCGAGGCUAAUCUUCUCGGUCCUCGGGGGCGAACAGCUCUUCCGACCAGCGCUGAAAGCUACGACAAGGUUUUCGUCAUAACUCAGCGCUGGGGAAAUGAGUACUUCCAUUUCCUGGUGGAAAAUCUACCACGGAUCACUCCCAUGCUAGACAUCCUCCGGGAGAAUCUCGACAUCAAGGCGUUGUAUCCCACUACGGGGGGAAUUCCUGUUCCGGUUGCGCGCCCGGUGAUCGUGCUCAUCGUGCGCGAACAUAAACGAGGGCUGAAAAACAACGACAAGGUCCGGGAGGCUCUGAAGGAGGAAUUCCCAACAUUCGACAUCGUGGAAUUUUUGGGAAUUGGAUCUAUCAUGUCGCAGCUGAAGCUGUUCGCGACAGCUUCCCUUAUUGUGGCUCCCCACGGGGCCGGUCUGUCCAACAUGGUGGUCUCGUCGCUACAUACACCAGUUCUGGAGAUAGGCCCACCAAUCUGCGCAGCGUGCUUUAUGCACCUGGCCGUAAAGCUUCAGCACAUCUACGCCCGACACCCCGGAAGCAGCGAGUGGGACACGCCUUGCGAUGGCAAAUACGAACCGGACGUCGGUGAAAUUCUUCUUCUCGUAAGAGAUCUUCUGGAGGGGCAACGGCAGGCUGAUUCUGUCGAUUCGCCGAAGGUCUUCGGUGGACAUCUAUAA